AUGGCCUUCUCGUCGUCUUCAUCCGAGAGUAAUUUCAGCGCAUCGAGAUCUGUUCGCGAUGCACCAUUUACAGGCCUCAGCAGCCCUUCCGAGUCUGGUAGCCAAGGCAGACGCGGGGGCGGAGCGUUUCAGUUCGACAUUAUCGCAUGGUUCCCCAAAUAUCAAAGCUGUCAGCGAUAUUUUAUAGAUCAUGCUCAGCACGAACCGCUCGUCCAGGCCUUUGCAUCCUUCAUCAACAUUCUGCUCCCGUUUCAGCGCCAACCGCACCCAGUCUACACUACGUCUGGAUCUAGGAGUGGGAAAGCGAGGCUGGAUAGAGACUCGGUGAGACCGUCUUCUUCUGAAGCAGCAGCAGCCGCCUCUGCUGUAUCCCUCAUCCCCUACCUGCGGCGUCUUGUGGUUACUGGUAUGGAUGUGCCCCAAGUAUUGCACGGGUUUUUCGGGGACGACUGGCGAGCGGGGAUUGGACCGCAAAGAGAGCAAGAAAGGCGGAACUACCUCUUUGCAGCCAAAAGUGGCGGAUGGGCAUCGGUCAAACGAGAAUAUGACAUGCUACCCUUGGAGACGGUACCAUUUAUGCGUCCGCUGUAUGACCCGACAGACGCUGAGAUCGACGCUGCGGAGCGGAGCUGGAGUGAGUGGUUAGCCCUUGAAGAUUGGAUGGUGGGCUCGCGUGCACCAGAUGACGAUGCAAAUGAAAUCUCAUAG